AUGAGCUUGAAAGAAGUAUUCGAACAACAUCCAUGGAGGUCUUUUAAGAAGUUCAAUGAAGCUGCAAAGAGUUGGGGAUUUACUAACAGAGCUGAAGUGAAAAGGUUCUUUGACAAAAAUGUUGUACAUCAAACAAAAAUAAAUCCUUACGACUACUUUUUACCAAUUUACUCCAACACUCCUGACGCAUACCAAUUUGACACUCUCAUUCAAAGCAGAAAAGGAGGACAUAAACCAUUCCUCAUCUUCAUUAAUGUUAACACUCGCAAAGCUUUUGCGUAUAUAAUGAGAAAUAAAGGAACUCAUGAAGUGUUAAGAGUUUUACAAAAGUUUGUAGCAGAACAUAGCCCAAGUAUUUUAACAUCAGACCAAGACGGUGCAUACCUCAGCAACGAAAUCACAGAAUUUCUCAUUAAGCAUAACAUAACUCACUACACUACUGAAGACCAUAACCAUAACAUACUCGGUAUCAUUAACCGCUUCAUAAGGACUCUCAGAGAUUUAAAUCAAGAGCGAGACUUUACCGAAGAAACAAUGAAACAUUUCAUCGAAGUUUACAAUUCCUCAACACAUUCUACAACAGGACAUACACCAAAUUCAAUGACACAACAACAAGAAGAAAAGUAUAUACAAAAGAAACGAAGUCAAACACAAAAUAUCAGAAAUUCAACACAAUUUACUCUCAUUCCUGGAACAAAAGUUCGUGUAGUUCUUGACGACAAACCGUUGACAAAGAAACGUUUAAGGUUAAGUCGAAAUUAUUAUAUCGUAGACUCUACGCAAGGUAAUGGAUAUCUUAUAAAAGCUGCUGACGACUCCAUAGCAUUUUACC